GUCAUAGAUUGAUUUCUAAAAACAAGAACAGUGAAGGAGAAAGCGUCCAUCCCGAAGAGUAUGCUGGCUUCGAAGAAUCUUCCGAAGCCUAUCAGGAACGAUGCAGAUAUGGUUCAGUGGAGUCGAGUUUUGUGCUCCGAGCUAGCGGUGCGGGCUUUGGAAAUCAGAGAAACCUGGUUGAUUUGGCCAAAGUCCAUACUGGUGAGAAAACCGGCAAGUCAAAACAAGCGCCGUUUCCCUAUGUCCGCGAGCUUACAGGGGAGCUAAUCGGUAAAGCAGUUAUGAAACUGUGGAAAGAACUAUAUGGAACAGACGCUCAGCGCGCAGGGCAUCCUUACCCCGCCAAUUUGAAGAUUAUUCACAUAGGCAUUGCAUUCACGGGGUUAGAACCGCUGGCUCCAGGACAGAGAGCUAUAGACGGCUUCCUUUCAAAGUCGACACGCACACCGCUAAUCUCAGGGAAUGGUGAUGAUGUAGUUAAAGAGGAAAUCGUCGAGGAAAUACCCAAAGAUGAACAACUCGAAUACGUCUGUCCCGAAUGCGCAAAAAAAAUCAAAUAUACCGUAUUAUCAAAUGAUCACGAAGAACUACGAGCGACCAAACUACUAGCUGUAAAGUCAGAACACGAAGAUUUUCACUUUGCACAAAGGCUAGCUCGAGAACACACAGUUGUUGUGGGAAGUGGCGUCCGUAAACGUCGACGGAGUACCAGUCCACCUAUUCAGACUAAAGGAAGGAAGGAUGAAGGUAUAAAACGCUAUUUCCAAAAGAAGUGGUACGUAUAG